AUAAAUAUCUUCACCACAGCCACAGGUCCUGUCGCUUCUGUACCUGGACGCCCUUGUAGCGAGUAGUACCUGAAUAUAUGGGAACACUGAUCUACUACAUGGUUGAAGGAUUCAUGCAGUUGUAUUGUUCGUCCAAUCGAAGACUACUCUUUCUUCUACACUACUACAUCAACUAGCACUUGUUCCAAGAGCAAACUACACCACUACAUCCAAGACUGCAAAAUGGUUUCCCUCUGUCGUACGGUUGACGUGCCGCAGAGCAUGCGGCCCAAUGUCUGCUGGGUAUGCCAAAGGCAGUUCGACACGCCAGAACAGCUAGUCAGACAUGAGCAGCUCUCCAAGGUCCACGGCAAGAACAUGGAGACGAACCUGUACGAAAACAUCCAGAAACGGGAAGAGAUUCGAGUUACGAUCUUGGAAACAAAGUCCGAAAUGCGCGAAAUCGAAAUGGAGACGGCGAAUCACGUAAAUAGAAAAAUUAUACUUAGAUGGUUUUUUUGUUGAUAAUCUUUUCUGGCGUGGAAGGGGAUGAAAAAAUACGAAUAUCGAAUACAGCCGACUGUGGUACCACUACUCGUAGCUGUGUUCGUUUGAUCGUCGAAUUAAGACAGACGAGCAUGCAGCUAGUAACUACUUGCUCUAGCACCUUUAAAUUUAAGGAUAAACAUCAAUGAACAUCAUGUCAAUGAACAUCAUGUCAAUGAACAUCAUGUCAUCAUGCUCCUGUAGGUAAUCAUCUCAUGUCAAUGAACAUCGUGAUCGUAGGUAAUCAUCUCAUCAUGUCAAUGAACAUCAUGAUCAUGCUCAUGUAGGUAAUCAUCCCCAAGGACAAGGAGCAGCGUUUGAUUCAGUUGGAGCGGACUAUGAAAAGCUACGAGAGAGAAUAUGGCCAGAGACAGGAGCAAAUCGAAGCCAACCGAGCGUGGAGUGCGACUAGGGAAGUUAAAAUUCCUAAAGGCGACGAUCCUUUGGAUGACGAUGACGACGUCGACGAUAUCUACAAUCGCACGAUGAAUGACGACCCGAAUUUUCCGAGACAAUGGCCACAUUUGAGGUACUUUCUUAGAGAAUAGUAGCUCCAAAUGUACUUCCUUAAAUACUAUAAUUGCACUACAUCUUUACAAUAUUCUACGAGUACCUGUUCCACCAAUUAGUAAUUGCAGUGGUAUAAUUGCACUACAUCUACUUUACAUCUUGUUCUAACUUCAUCUAAAAUAACGAAAGUAGUUGUUUAACAUCUUUAUCAUUUUUACCUUUACCUACAACAAGUAGAACUCCAGGUUCACCGAGUCUUCCAUAGCACAACCCGCCAAGUCCAAGAGCAGUGUUGCCUCUGGCAAGGUCGGAGAAACCCAAGUUGGCGGAAGCUCUAGUUCCACAUCAGGGAGUCCUGCUGGUUCUAGUCUGGACUUUGGCUUAGUUAAGCUCCAAGCCGCGUGUAGUACUUGGACAGGCGGCAAGGAUAACCAGGAAGAUCGCUUCGUCUUCGACAAACUACUGAGUGGCCCCAGGGGAGAGCGUAUUAUGGGCUACGCGGUUUUCGACGGUCACAGUGGCUAUCUGUGUGCGGAAUUUUGCGAGAAGAAGCUGAUGAAGAUCCUGCAAGAAAUGCUCACAUCAAGAGGAGCAGCUGGGAGAGAACGGCUGACAGAGGAUUUUUUGAAACGGUGUGUGCUGGACGCAUUUGCAGAAGCAGACGAGCGAUUUUGUGACGCAGCUAGAGGAAGAAAGGACAUGGACGGGACAACCGCGAUCUGCUGUUUCUUGUGGGAAGACUUGUAUGGGUCGAGCAAUAGUGGCAAUCCAGUAGCGCCAGGCAUCGGACUUGGAGCUGCUAGUAAAGCAAAUGCCGAAAAUGCUGAGCACAAUGGUACCGGAGAGCACCAACAGCACGAGACCACUGCUAGUGAUAUUCCCUUCACGAAUUCCAGUAAUUUGCGCUUACUUGUGGCGAAUUUGGGAGAUAGUCGGGCGGUUUUGGUGCAGAAAAGAGAUGAAAUUUUGCAGCGAGACAGCUGCUAUAAGAAGAGCUCGAGUGAAGAUGUGGAGCUGUUUGUGCCCUAUGGACCGGUUAAUGCGGUCAGACUAUCAGACGAUCACAAGCCGGAUCGACCGGACGAGAAACGGAGGAUAGAGGCGGUGGGAGGGUAAUACUUAAUACCUGUGUCAUCGGUUUCGAGGUUGUGAUCCCUCAAAUUUGCAUCAUACUGUUAUUGUAGAGUCAAUUAAAAAUAUCUCGUCCUGCUUCCUUUUUACGUUACAAGAAUGAAACAGUUUUGCUUCAUCUAGUGGGCGUCUUUCCGAUGCCAAUCAAAUCCUCGAAUCCUCACUCCCACAGUGUCGUCCAAGACAUGACUGGCGUGGCUCGUGUCUUUACGCCUGGUCCUUUGAAUAUUGGCGGUCGCCUAGUGCAGUGGGGACUAGCGGUAGGUCGGUCGUUUGGGGAUUUGCCAUUGAAAGAACCAAGAGUUUUUGGUGGUCAGCUUGACCCAGCCAUUCGAGACCUAGUGUCAGGUGUUCCGGAGAUCACGACAUUUAAGAUUACGCCAGGUACUACUUGUUUCGACCAGCACACUAUAACGCUCCAUUUUAUCGUCGAUUGUUCCUGUUUUGAUUGCACAACUAUCUUUACUUGCACCACUUGCAGCAUGAUUUGCAUUCUGAUUCUUGUCUUCAAAUAUUUUCAGCUGCAAUGCAUUUUGACAAAACUCAAGUACUUAUUUCUCAAACCACCGUUGUUGCUUCACACAGGUCGCGACCUCUUCCUUAUCCUCGCCUGUGACGGCAUUUGGGAUGUGCUCAAAGACGAAGAAGCCGCCGUCGUCGCGCAUGGGCAUUAUCGUGCUGGCCUAGAACGAGUCCUAAAGAUGCAAGGUCCCGAACUGAUGUUAGCACCUAGCGGCGUCAUCCGUCCUGCUCCAAGAAACCCUAUUACACAAGCUGCGCGAGGACUAGUCCGGGAAUCCUUUCAACGGUAUUCGCUGGACAAUCUAACGGCGUUGGUUGUGGCUUUGUUGCCGACAGAAGAAUGGUGGCAGAAAGUUGGAGGAAUCGACGUAGCGGGAGAACACGAAAGAGCAGCGAAGAUGCAGAGGACGCAAGUGUAAUCCUUGAUGUCCUCACCGGGAGAAGAAAACAGGCUCUCUUUACGCCUUAAUUCAAUUACAUGUCCUAACAAAUAAUAAUUUCUGUGGUCUAUUUCCUUUUAAUCUUGGUAUCCACAACCUUACAUUACACAUGACGACCCCUACACGACCCGAAUCCACCCCCCGCCAACGCCAAUGAGGCAUCUUUUGGCGAUGUUAAUCUCAAUCUGUUUCUCUAUCCAGAGAUGCAGUGUACAACGAUGUCCUCUUUUCACAACGCUGGUGAUAUUCUUGAAAUCCCGAGGUGCAGUGUACUGUUUUCCGCGAGGAUGAUAGUAGAAGUUUCGCCUCGGUCUUGAUUUUUGUACUGUAGAAGUGAACGAGGAAGAUGAAAGUAGUGGAGAUAAAAAGGUUUUACAUGAAG